UGCCGUGCUCCUCUUAAAUUUUCAUUUAAUCUGUAAUUCUAACGGAGUACCUUGUUUUCUUCCAUUUUCAUUCCCGUAGCUCGCUUCUCUCUCUCAAGUCCCAGCAGCAGCUGUAGAUUAACGUGAAGUUUGAGGCAUAGUGUUUAUUAAUUUAUUUCGCCACAUUUUCUCGAGGGUAAACAAAUAUGGAAGAGAAGUAUGAAACUCUGAAAAUUAUUCAAGAAUCCCCUAAUUCAGGAGUUUUUAACUUAAUCAUAAACCGCCCAUCUGUCAGUAAUGCACUUUCAAUCGAUUUCUUCAAUGAAUUCCCAAAAGCCCUCAAUGAGCUCGAUCAUAACCCUGCCGUCGCCGUUGUAGUUCUAUCCGGGUCCGGCAAUCACUUUUGCGGAGGUAUUGACCUCAAUAGCCUCGCAGCUAUCGCCAACAAUAACUCGGGAGAUCACGGCCGCAUUGGGGAGCGGUUACGGCGACAUAUCAAGUUCAUGCAAGAUGCGAUCACCGCCAUCGAGCGUUUCCGGAAGCCAGUAAUCGUGGCGAUACACGGUGCGUGUCUCGGCUUGGGGAUCAAUAUCGUGACGGCCUGUGACAUAAGGUAUUGUAGUAAGGAUGCAUUCUUUUCUGUCAAGGAAGUGGAUGUGGGCAUCACUGCUGAUCUCGGUACCCUCCAGAGAUUGCCUGGGAUAGUAGGGUUUGGGAAUGCCAUGGAGUUGUCGUUGACGGCCAGGAGGUUCUCGGGUGAGGAGGCCAAGGAAUUGGGUCUGGUUUCUCGGGUUUUCGGGUCAAGGAAGGAGCUGAAGGAAGGCGUUCGCACCAUCGCAGAGGGAAUAGGGGAGAAGCCGCCGCUUGCGGUGGUGGGAACAAAAGCGGUGAUGAUAAGAAGCAGGGAUGUGAGUGUGGAACAAGGGUUGGAUUAUGUUGCAACUUGGAACUCUUCCAUGCUUCUGUCUGAUGAUCUAAACCAGGCGAUCUCUGCUUAUAAACACAAAAGGAAACCUACUUAUGCUAAGCUUUGAAUUGUAUAUUUCAGUGUUAAUAAUAAGAACUUCUGAAUAAUGGAUAGGAGGAGGCCAACUCUAUAAGGCAAGUUGAAAGUAAUGUAGUAAUUAUAGUCUUUAAAUUGAUGUUUAAUCUAGUUAUAUAUGUCAAAUCUCUUUAAGAGAUUAUAUCGUGGUUAAUGCGAUAUAUUUCAGUUGUUUUUAUUUAUAUACUAUAUUGUUUGAA